UAAAUAGCCUUUCAUAAGAAUAACAAUACAUCAACAAAAUUCGUCAUACUUUUAACUUCGUGGAAAAUUCUACGGAAAUUUACAUUCGCUAAAAAAAAAAAAGACUACGCACAGUCACACAGGACAAUCAUAUUCGGAGAAAACCAAAUUACAAAAACGCCCACUAGUCCAAAAGUUUAGUUAAGAAAAUAACAAGGAAAUGAGUGGCUAAAAAGUCAAGAAAAUCCUUUAUAAAGUCCCGCGAGUGUUGAUCACUUUGAUGCAAAGAGAGAGAAGGAAACACACAAAAUAAGUGUGAGAGAAAGAGAGAAAGAGUCUAUCUCUUGAGUCUUUAAGUCAUGCAGCUCAAAUCAUCAUCACCAUCUUCAUCAUCUUCUUCUUCUUCUUCUUCUUCUUCUUCAUCAUCAUCCAUGAAACUCAAAACUCUAAUCCAAAAUCUCCUCACACACCCUCUCUACCGUUUUCUAAGAGCUCUUGCGAGAGCCAAAUCAAUCUUUCUAGAGAUCUCAAAACACAACAACAACAACAACAACAAGAAACGAAAACUCAUGAUGCUUUUUCCAACAAAGGCUUCAAAGAACCAACGCAAGAUCUUCUUCGGAUCUUUCAGAUUGCAUUACAAUUGGUGUUCCUCUCAUGUUGCUCCUGUCCCUCAACCUUUUCCUUUCCCUUCGUCUUACAUUAAUGGUGGGGAAGAUGAUGACUCUCAGCUCUCUGGUUACCUCGAGUGGCUCGAACAAAAGAAAGUCGAAGAUGUGGAAGAGAUUAGAGAUGUUGUAGCUGAUGAUGAUAUUGAUCAUUUGGCGGAUAUGUUCAUCGCUAAUUGCCACGAGAAGUUCUUGCUCGAGAAAGUUGAAUCUUACAGGAGAUUUCAAGAAAUGUUAGAAAGGGGUUUAUGAAUUAUCAGAGGUGAAACAUAGAUUUUGAGUCUUGUCUGAUUAAUUGAUAAUCAUGUUGUAAAAUAUUAGCUAGUUUGAUUUGAUAAUAUACCGUACCACAAGGUCGUGAAAUGUGUAUCUUGAAAGUUUUGGUGGGUAAUGUACGAGAAGUUGACACUUUUGGGGUUAUUAGUGAAACAUUUGAUAUUGUAAAAACAAUAAUUGUUGUUGUCCCUCUAACUGGGCACAUCUUUAAGUGGUGAGUUUGAUUAGUGUUUGGUAAAUUACGUCC